UCUUCCGCCACGGGUGUGUAAACACAUGGAGGUUUUCUUAUUAGUGGGCUGGCGAAGAGGACAGAUAAGAUAAAAACGAUUAUAGAUUCCCUUAAUAUAGCCUUGCACAUUAGGCACUUAAAGGGCUCGGGAUUUGAACGCUUGGCAUUUUGGCCGAGUGGAAUUAGGUCGGUCACAUUCUCAAGAUAUUAGCAAAGAAAGUGGGCGAGUUUGGUGAUGGGAGAGUUGGUGGAUCUAUUUGCUGACAAAAGUGACCUUCAACAGCCGCAAAGCGUAAAUUAAAAGCCUGACAAGAGUGUUUGAAUUAGGAUCUCCUGAUGACAAAUGGAGGGACUAGUGAAAAAGAAGAUCUGCACAGGUCUCGGGGGAUUCUUCGCGAUUUUGUUUUUAUUCAGCGAGGUUGAUGCCAUCUCGGUGACUCUGAAAGGAAGAUAUCUUAGUGGGCACGAACUUGGCGAACCUUUUGCGACUGAUUGGUUUGGCUGUGUAAGCUCUUGCCAGGAAAACCCGAGUUGUGUGUCAUACAACCUAAAUCUCAGAAAAGAGAUAUGCCAACUGAACAAGAAAGGAGGUGGGGAUUCGAGCAAAGAACUCCUCCAUUCCCCGGAAUACAUAUUCACUCAGAUCAAGCCCGACAGUGGAUUAAGUGGAUUAAGUAGCUCAGGUGAAGCCAGUGCAUGCCUGUGCAACUGCGGGAGUGACAAACAGUGUGAAGCUCAUGGACUUGGGAUGACAAGUGACAACCCCGCUAAGUCGUGCAAGGAAAUACUGCAAAAGAACAGGUUUGCCAAGAGCGGCGCUUACUACUUGAGUGUCUUUGGAGAAAAAUCACGUGUUUACUGUCACAUGACGGACCUCGGAUCUUGUGGCGGUGGGGGCUGGACACUAGUCAUGAAAAUUGAUGGGAAUAAGCAAACCUUCUCAUACAGCUCUCCUAAAUGGAACAGCAUGGCGGAAUAUCAAACUGGAUUCGGUGUUGACAUGAGCGAGCGCGAAACACUGCUGGCGACAUAUUGGGGCACCCCUUUUGAUCGGCUCUGCCUCGGGAUGAAGAAUACGACGACUAACUGGAUUGCCGUACCGCACGAAGGAAUCUCUUUAUUGACACUGAUAAAAAAACAGCAUACACAGACGAGUCUAGACGUGGGGACAUGGAAAAGUCUUCUACCCGGAUCGUCCCUGCAGACUGGAUGCUACAAACAAGGGUUCAAUGUGACGUCGGGGAUAAAUUCAGCCACUGCGCGCAUCGGAAUCCUUGCUUUCCCAUCAGAGUGUUCGGGGCAUGCCCUUUCACGGAUUGGAUUCGGGACUGGCGGAUAUUGGUACGGCCAAGAUGAUGAAAACUCGUGUGGGAACGAGGCUGUGAGCAGCGGCCUGGAUAACGGAGAAAAGCAUACUAGGGCUUUUGGUUAUGUUUUUAUUCAGUAAUUACCACGACAUUCGGUUAUAUUUUAUACAGUGGGGUUGGUUCUUACUAGGACACAAGCAAAACACAAACGAAAUUGGUCAAACACAAGUGAAAAA